AUGUUAUCAGUUUGGAAUUUACCAGUCGAACAACAACCACAACAACAACAACAACAACAACAAAAUAUAAUAAAUAGUAGUAAUAAUAUAAAUUCUAUUAAUAGUGCAUUAGAUAAUAUUUUAAAUACAACUUCAAAAGGUAUUCAAUUACCUCGCUUUAAUUUAUUAAAUACAAGUUCUUCUGGUUUUCUAACAAAUAGUAAUGAUACAUUAUUUUUGGAAAAUAAUAAUAACAAUAAUAACAAUAUAAAUCAACAAUUAAAUAAAUCUGUAUUAAAUAGUUCCAAUAAACAACUUGAUAUUAUAAAAACAAUUAAUGAAAUAUCAAACGAACAUAAAUCCUUUCAACCAUUUGAAAUUACACCAAUUAAACCACAAUCAACUUCAACAAAUACCUAUAAUACCGAAUUUGGUGUAAUCAAUCAAAAUACUUUUGUUUUAGAUUCAAAUAAAAUUGAAGAAUUAAGAGUAGAUACUUCUGUUUUAGAUCCACUUCUUUCGCUUCCAUAUAAUAUUAUUAAUAAUACUACCAAUAAUAAUAAUAAUAAUAAUAAUAAUAAUAAUAAUAAUAAUAAUAAUAAUAAUAGUAACAAUAAUAAUAGUAACAAUAAUAAUAUUAAUAAUAACAAUAAUAAAAGUAAUACACCAAUGAAAAAAGAAUCAACUAUUAGAAAUUCUAACUCUACGUUUGAAAAAUUUGAAUCCCCAACACUCUCUACUACUUUUGGUUUAAACAAAGAAGAAUUAAAUACAUUCACUACAACCGAUAUGAAUAACUAUGUUAAACAAGCAAAUAUGGUCAAAGAAUUAUCACAAGUCGAAAAAAAGGAAUUAAAAAGACAAAAAAGGUUAAUCAAAAAUAGAGAAUCUGCUCAUUUGUCCAGACAAAGAAAAAGAGAACGUUUAACUGACCUCGAGCAUAGAGUAGAAGAAUUGUCCUCAAACUCUAUCGAUAUCAAUAAAACCCUCUCUAGUUUAGAAAAUGAAAAUUUGAUCUUAAAAGCUGAAGUAGGUCAACUCUUUGAAGUAAUCAACGAUUCACCUGUCUUAUCAGCUCUUUUCUAUAAAAUUGCCUCUCUUUCACAACAACCACAAAAGGAUACAAUUGGUGCCUAUUAA